AUGCAGCUAUCAUCCCAUGGUACUGUCAAGGGUUACCCUGUCAUAGCACAUUAUGUGAACCACCCAGUUCAUGUUCACAAUGGUGAACAAUAUGGCAGUGGCUGCAUUAUUGGCUGGCUUCCAAUUGUUCCUGAGCUUGCAAAAGAAGAGGGGAAGACUGGCUAUGCAAACUUCAAACAUCUCCUCAAGAAGGUUGUGGAGCUCUCAAAGGUUGGCUAUCUUCAUGGAUGCUACAACAAGGUUCUCUGCUGGCUCUUCCCACUUGUCCUUAUCCUGUCUGCUGACUAUGAAGAACUAGCACUGGCAUUAUUUGAGGAGAAGAAGAUGGUUAGUGAGAAGAAAUUGAAGUCCCCCAGGUUACAUCCUGUCAAGAAUGCUUUUUGGUCAGUAGAACAUUUAGAGCCUGAACAGGCUGCCAGUUUUGAGCCACUUCACUCCCUGCAUGGUGGCAUGGGAGGCAAGCACAUCCAUGGGGAACUCAGGAUUGUCAUCAGUGAGCUUGGCUGCGAUUCCGAGACAUGUUUAGAAGCACAGUAA